CUUAAGCAACUAUCCAAUUACGUUCAGUAAUUUUGCAAUAACACAAUAUAUCUACCACCUAAUUAUAUCAAAGAUUCAAUCAAGAAUUUUUAUGACGUCACUAAUAAAGUUGGACCAAUCGGGAGUGGACAGAUAAUUUUAUGACCAAAUUGACAAGUACUCCUUCAUUACCACAGUAUUUAUUUACAUUUAGUUUAAAACUACUCAAGAUAGACAUUACGUGUUACACAAAGAUUGUGGAAAUAAAUUUAAAAAAAAGACAGUAAUUACGUCAACUAAUUAUUGAAGUAAAAUUAAAAAGUGUGAUUAUUUUGUAUAAUCGAUUACGCGUUUUGUAUUUCACAAAUUUAUCUUACUACGUUUUGUUGGAUGUUGGAAAAUGAUACCAGAUAACGUUACCUUGAUUGUAAAGGCACCUAAUCAGCAGGUCGAGGAUCAAAACAUAGAAUGCAGAUCGUCGUGGACCGUGAAACAGCUAAAAGGACAUCUAUCCGAAGUGUAUCCAAGCAAACCGAGAACAGAUGAUCAAAAAAUUAUAUACUCUGGUCAACUUUUAGACGACAACACAAUACUGAAAGAUGUUCUCCGAACUUAUGAAACCACUAUCGCUCAUACCAUGCAUCUAGUUUGCACACCAACCAGGAAAAUGGCUAGCCCAUUACCCCAAGACAAGGUCGAAGUGGAGCCAACUGAAGGACUCAGGCACCGGAAUGUACCAGAACCAACAAGACCGGUGGAAGCCAGACCGGAAACAAGGCAGAAUGAUCAAAACCACACAGUUGAAAUGCAGAAUUAUCUGACCUCUUUGACAAAUAAUUAUGGACGGCCUAAUUUCAUGAAUUACAAUAUGGCAGAUGGACAGAUUCCGGGUGAUGUCACUUCCCAAGUUAAUCAGAUGAUGAUGAUGCAACAAGCUUAUUUGGAGUAUCUAAGGCAGUACACUAACAUGCUACAGUCGUACAACGACACCCAGCCCCACGCCCCGGCUCCGGAGACGCCCGGGCCGGCGGAGCAGGCGCCUCCCCCGGCGGAGGAGGAGGGGGGCGCCGUGGGCCGCGACUGGCUCGACCACCUGUACGCCGGCUCGCGGCUCGCGAUACUGUUCUCGCUCGUGUACCUGUACGGGAGCCCGGCGCGGCUGCUGCUGGUUGCGCUGCUCGUCACCGCCGGCUAUCUUCACCAAAUCGGCUUCUUCCGCGAACUACAACUGAAUCCUGGCGGCAACCAACCUGCCAACGACCGGCCGGAGGAAGCGGACCGCCCCCCGCGGCCGGCCGACGCGGACCGACGCGAGCCGACGGCCGACGACAACCGACAACACGAGCCGACGACCGACGACAACAGACAACAGGAGCGCUCGGCCGACGACGACCGGCGGGCGCGGGGGGCCGACCAGUCGCUGCUGGCGGCCGCGCGCGUCAUCGUGAUGUCGUUCUUCGCUUCGUUAAUACCGGACGUGAAUUAUUAGUGAAUAUAAAUUUAAUUGUAUAUUUAUUUUUUUCACAAUUUUGUCGUCUGGUAUACUCGUUGCAGCGAAUGUGAAUGUCGUGAAAAAUCCUUCAGUUGAAACUGUAAGUUUAAAAAUUGCCGCGUCGAAAUUCCGGUGUAGGAGACAAAACCGUAAAUGAUAGUCUGAUGAUAAAAUUAUUUGCCACAUAUGACGUCACGCUUUGUGAUUGGCGUUUCGAUUCACGUAAAACUUGUUAAAAAUUUGUUGAAAUUGUUAGAUUUUACUACAAGAAUAAUGAUUGUUUAUUUACAUUAAAUUAAGAUCGAUAUAAACUGCUUUGAUGGUUUCGAUAUUAUCAGUUGACAUUCGCCGAUAUCGGCAGUCGGGACGGCGUUAAUGAAUAGAACUGGUUCACAUGUGUCGAAACACAGCCGAUCGCCGAAAAAUUACAUUCGAAUUUGAUUAUUUUGUAUUAAGCGAACAACGAUUUAACGGUAGGCAGCGACUUGGCUCUGCCUCUGGCAUUGCUGAGGUCCAUGGGCGACGGUAACCACUCACCAACAGAUGGGCCGUAUGCUCAUCUGCUUACAAGGGGAAUAAAAAAAACAAAAACAAGCGUCGCCACGUAACCAUCAAAUUUUCAAUCACUGUUAAUAAAUUGUAAAGAUGUAUUUUGUAAAUAAAUCUUAAGGACUAUCUAUACGUAAGAAUCCAAACGUAUAAAAAAUUUCAUUGACUUUGUAUUGGAGCGAGGGAUGGGUUUUAGAAAUUGCUAUUCGAUUGGAAACUUUUAAGUUGUGACAGGUCUAUUAGAGUUACAAGCGCGGAUCGCCGUGAUUCUAUAAAAAUAAAAAUCUACGUUACCAUAGCCGAACAGGCUGUUAGCAAUGAAAUCCCUUGACCUUGUAAAAAAAUACUUUUGUCAACAUAUUUAUUUAAAAAAAAAAUGUCAAAGCGGGAAACACGUUUUUAUGCGACACUUUUACAAGAGAUUUGAAUUUUUUAAUAUCGAAUUAAAUGCGCCUAUUAGAAUAUUAUUGUACUCUUAGCGCUAUUUUGUAAUACAAAGGAAAAUCAUAACAUACGUCUAAAACAGUUAGUUCACAACUAUGAAAACUUAAAAUGUCAUUUGUAUUGUUAUUGGCGGUUGUUCAACAACUUUUUCUUGUAAAAUAGUGGAAGUCUAUUUUCUAUAUACAAUUGAUUUUUUCUCCUAUCUACGCCGAAAGUUCGGUUUUCGUCCCGCUAUACAGGGAAGAAAGUGUAACUUUCUCUCCCUGGGCACAAGGUGCGCAUGCGCGUUAGAGUUUACGUCUGCUCUCACGCACCUAAUAUUCUCUGCCAUUGUUGUGCUUGGGUAAUUUGCAAUAUUGUGUUUAGUGUAAAAGUGAAAUAAACAAAAGGCAAUAAAAUUUAAUAGUGAAGUAUUAAACAAAGAUGAGUUCAUCAGACAGUUCUUAUUCAAUUAGUAGUAGUUUAUUUAAAAAUUAAAAAACAGUUAAAUUGUUUUUUUUAUGAAUACGGGGGGGCUCCGCCCCCCUAACCCCGGCCAGAGCUUCGCCCAUAGACCCCACCGGGUCUUCGCCCCUGCACCCCGGCUCUGUACUCCACGAACUUUGGGCCUGGUAGGAGAAAAAAAGUAUGUGCACCGUGGGAGAAAAGUUGAACAUUUCCUCCAGCGUGUUUGGCAAUUUUACACGCGGGAGGAAAUGUCCAACUUUUCUCCCUUGGUGCACAAUGUACUAUUUUUAACUUUUGUAUAGGGAAUGUCAUCAAAUAGCAUUUCCACCGCAGUGUUUAAUUACCAGUGAAUUAUCCGAAAUCGUAAGCGUUCGAAUAACUAGCACGUUUAAGAAUUAUAGAGACCCAAUAAAAAAAAUGUGUAUUUUGAAAAACGUUGUAUAGUUUUCAAAUCGAAAAGACGUAGAGGAAGGGGACGGAGUGAAAGAGACCGAUGGAUAAGUUUGUCCCUUUUUAAGCUACUUCUGGUCUUUUGGUCAUUUAAUAUGAGUCUCUGAAAAUAAAUGCUCUAGGUCCAUUUUUAAAUUAAAAUCGAUAUUCAAAAAUUUCGAAAUGUGUCUAUAAUUCUAAAGGUGCAAACGUCAGAAAAGAGUUUGAGAAAGAAAAAUUUAUAAAAUUACAAAUAAAAAAUUUGAACUGAAUUAAAACCAAAUAAUGUUUACAUAAUUAAGGUAUUAGGUAUUUAGAUUUUAAUAAAGCUUUUAAGUUAUAGCUAAUUAAUGCUGUGUGGUUUGUAAAUUCUUUAUGAAGUAUCUAAGAUAGAAUAGAUAUUUAAUUAAAUACAUUUUGUGUUAAUAGGUAAUAUGUUGGUUUCCUUUUGAAGCUAUCUUUGCAGUUUAUUAACAUAAAUAGACUUAAAACGUUCUUACAAACUACAUGUCUAAUAAAAACAUCUUAUUUAGUGCCCCACCAAAAUGUAUUUACGUAGCUUCCGGAUGCUUGAGUUUUGUAGAUUAAGCCACAAAUAAAAUUGAAUAGUUGUUUUUUUGUUUUUAAUAUUGUCAGUGUAUGUACUCUGUUAUUAUUUUUACGGUUGAAAUUAUCAGACCAUAUAAGCAAUAGUAAUUUCACCAAAAUUUCUUUGAAUAUCCAAGGGAGUUAAAUGAUUAUCCCUCACGUCCGACGAAGCUAGGAUAACCCCUCGAGGUUACUAACAUGUGUAGGAAGAAAAUAAAAUAUUCCCUGGGAAUUUCAUACUAAACAGAUGAUUCGACAAAAAUAUUACAUAUAGAAUGGUUUUCCAGGAUAUUUCAUAUUCGCAGUAAUGAAUUUCCGAAAGACGAUACCUGUAAAUAAUUUUGUAAAAAGCUAAAUUUGUGAUCGCUUUUCUAUUAUAUUAUUUGUGUAAUACGCGAUGCAUAGUUAGUUGAAUUUUGUUUGUAGUUUGUAAGCUAUUUAUUUCAUUGUUGUUUUUUGUUGCAAGUGUUUCGAAAGAAAAAAAAAAGUUCUUGAAAACCAUAUUUGAAAAUUAAUUUGUUUUCUAAUGAAAUACAAUGUUGAAUUUUUCAAAGAACAAUGAAUAAAAUGUAUAGAGCGAAGUUUAAUUGUUCAAUCAAUUUUUCAAUUCAAUUAUCUAUCUAUCUCUUAGGUUUAUGGCGUUUCCUUUUAGAUUUCGCCAAUGUCAAGUGUAUAUUUUAAUACUCUGCUUUCUAUAGCGGGCUUCGUGAACGAGCAAGGUCACAGAUAUACGGAAUGAUUUUUUGACAGAUGUUAAAAUGACAACGAAUGUCAAAUGUGUUGAAAUCCGUAUGUAACCAUCAUAGGUAACCAUAUACCUACUGUUCAAUACUGAAGCUACUUAAGUUUAAUAAGUUACCACUAAAAAUUUGUCAACAAAUUUCGAAGACUUGCAAUAAAAAUUAGAAAUGAUUCAAUAAUUAUUUUAGAAUAUAUUUAAAAUAAAUAUUUCACGUAACAUUGUUACUUUGCGUGUGAUCGUUACAUGCUAAAAUGACAACUGCUGUCGUUCAGUGCUAUUAAUAUUUUCAUACAAAGAUAGAUGCAUUUCAUUACUUUUUUUUUUUCAUAAGUUUGUGUUAAUGUAGUUUUAAAAGGAAAUCUUGGAGAUGGAUUGUUUGCUGUGAUAAAUGUUAUUGAGUUUGCACCCAUCAUUAAAUUAUGAAAAUUCAA